GCCAGCCAUGUCAAUUUACGACCUCUAUCCCCUCUUUCUCUCUUUUCUCUUCUUCGCUAUUAUUUCUCCUGGUUUCUGCUCGCCAUAUGCCCAUCCCACUGAAACUUCGCUCGCGACAAAUGCCUCAAGUACCUCAAUCCCAAAACACCCUAGCUUCCUUCCACGCCAAAGACUCGAGAACAAAUUAUCUCCUCGCCAUUGCCAGCCGUAUUAUACGACAUUCUCUGAUCCGUCCACGGUUGCCGAAAGAAAUUCUGAUCCCUCAAAUGCACCCUUCGUCGCGCUUUCUCCUCCAGAAACAUAUGCUUUCACUUCAAACGGAUUGGAGAUGUAUCUUCGGAAGCCAAAAGGCGAGGUUCACAGCAAGAAUGGGAUCAAUGAUAAGCUGGGCGAAGCUGCUACGAUCAAUUCCACAUUUUGGAUGGACAGCGGGAAGGUUACAUAUGAAGUUUCCUGCGAUUAUGUGCCGGGAGUGGUCUGCGCCUUCAUUUUGAUCGACUCCCUCCAAGCCUCCGACGGUGAAACACAUCUUGACGAAAUCGACGUUGAACUCGUCGGGUCAGGAUCAGCUCGCUGGCAGACAAACAUAUUCAAGCCUUCCAAAGCUGACCCCGAUCCCCAUUACGGGCAUUUUGAUACCAAAGAACAAUACACGCAAAAUCCUUCUUACACAUCGGUGCACAAAUAUUCAAUAUCAUGGGACUCGGAGAAGAUUGUGUGGGGCGUGGACGGGCAGGACGCGAGAACGUUGCGGAAAGAGGACACAUAUAUCGAUGGUGUUCCUCACUUUCCCGGCGAAUCCGAUCCGCUUCGUCUACAGCUUGGUAUUUGGGACGGGAGUGGCGCGGAGGGCACAUCAAGUUGGGCUGGUGGUCCGGUCAACUGGGAUACUGCCCCUCAAAACAUCAUAGCAAUUGUGCGCAGUGUGUCUGUCGAGUGUUGA